AUGACUGAAGAGAAUAAUGCUGUUCCUAUUGUUAAUGAAGAAAUAACCGAAGAAAAAAAAUUGGAAACAAUCCAAAAUACUGAUGAACAAAUAAUCGACGAGAAAAAGGAUGAACAAAAAUCUGAAAACGCAACAGAAGAAAAAAAAGAAAUUAACGAAGAAACUAAAACUUGUGAGAGUGAUGAAAGUACAACAAAGACUGAAGAAGUAAUAUCGAGUGAAAAGAAAGAGGAAGAAGAGAAAGAGGCAGAAGAGAAAGCAAGACAAGAAGCAGAGGAGAAAGCAAGACAAGAAGCAGAGGAGAAAGCAAGACAAGAAGCAGAGGAGAAAGCAAGACAAGAAGCAGAGGAGAAAGCAAGACAAGAAGCAGAGGAGAAAGCUAGACAAGAGGCAGAAGAGAAAGCUAGACAAGAAGCAGAAGAGAAAGCUAGACAAGAAGCAGAGGAGAAAGCAAGACAAGAAGCAGAGGAGAAAGCAAGACAAGAAGCAGAGGAGAAAGCAAGACAAGAAGCAGAGGAGAAAGCAAGACAAGAAGCAGAGGAGAAAGCAAGACAAGAAGCAGAGGAGAAAGCAAGACAAGAAGCAGAGGAGAAAGCAAGACAAGAAGCAGAGGAGAAAGCUAGACAAGAGGCAGAAGAGAAAGCUAGACAAGAAGCAGAAGAGAAAGCUAGACAAGAAGCAGAAGAGAAAGCAAGACAAGAAGCUGAAGAGAAAGCUAGACAAGAAGCAGAGGAGAAAGCAAGACAAGAAGCAGAGGAGAAAGCUAGACAAGAAGCAGAGGAAAAGGCUAGACAAGAAGCAGAAGAGAAAGCUAGACAAGAAGCAGAGGAGAAAGCUAGACAAGAGGCAGAAGAAAAGGCAAGACAAGAAGCAGAGGAAAAGGCUAGACAAGAAGCAGAAGAGAAAGCUAGACAAGAAGCAGAGGAGAAAGCUAGACAAGAGGCAGAAGAAAAGGCUAGACAAGAAGCAGAGGAAAAGGCUAGACAAGAAGCAGAAGAGAAAGCUAGACAAGAAGCAGAAGAGAAAGCUAGACAAGAAGCAGAGGAGAAAGCUAGACAAGAGGCAGAAGAGAAAGCUAGACAAGAGGCAGAAGAGAAAGCUAGACAAGAAGCAGAAGAGAAAGCUAGACAAGAAGCAGAAGAGAAAGCUAGACAAGAAGCAGAAGAGAAAGCUAGACAAGAAGCAGAAGAGAAAGCUAGACAAGAAGCAGAGGAAAAGGCUAGACAAGAAGCAGAAGAGAAAGCUAGACAAGAAGCAGAGGAGAAAGCUAGACAAGAGGCAGAAGAAAAGGCAAGACAAGAAGCUGAAGAGAAAGCUAGACAAGAAGCAGAGGAGAAAGCUAGACAAGAGGCAGAGGAGAAAGCUAGACAAGAAGCAGAAGAGAAAGCUAGACAAGAAGCAGAGGAAAAGGCUAGACAAGAAGCAGAAGAGAAAGCUAGACAAGAGGCAGAAGAAAAGGCUAGACAAGAAGCAGAGGAGAAAGCUAGAUUAGAGGCAGAAGAGAAAGCUAGAUUAGAGGCAGAAGAGAAAGCUAGAUUAGAGGCAGAAGAGAAAGCAAAGAAAGAAGCUGAAGUUGCUAUUACCACAUCAGCUUCUAGUGUUCCUAUUAAAGAAGAAAAAGCUGACACUGCAAUUAAUGUUGGAGAAAACUUGAAUGAGCAAAUGAAAAUGAAACUUAUUAUGAUUGGAGAGUCUUCAGUUGGAAAGACAUGUUGUAUGAAUAGAUUUGUAAGUGAUCAAUUUAGCGAAGUAACAAAGUCAACAGUUGGAGUAGGAAUGGUUUCAAAAGAAAUGGAAGUUAAUGGAAUCAAAGUUAAGCUUCAAAUCUGGGAUACUGCUGGACAAGAAAGAUUUGCUACACUAAGCAGUAAUUAUUUCAGAAACGCCAUGGGAGGAGUUAUCAUGUUUGAUGUCAGCAAUAGACAGUCCUUUGAAAACGUUUCCAAUUGGAUUGAUGCAUGUAAUAAAAUUGAAGAAAAAAGAGUUUUAGUGUUAGCUGGAAAUAAAACUGAUUUAGAUGAACGUGUUAUUACCAAAGAGGAAGGAGAGGCACGAGCCAAAGAAUUUGGGUUGAAAUAUUUUGAAGUAUCUGCUAAAACAGGGGUUGGAAUAAAUGAGAUGUUUGAGACAUUAACAAAAGAAAUUGUUGCUUUACCAAAAGCUGAGGCACAAAAUAAUAAUGAAGAAGUUUCCAUUAACUUAGCGUCAGUUGACAAAGAAACCUCAAAGAAAGGUAAAGGAGGGUGUUGCUAAA